AUGGCUCAAAAAUCAGCUUCUUUAAUCAAAACCUCUCAAUUUAAAAAAUCAGCACAAGGCCCCUUAUCUCCAACAAGAGUCCCAUCUCUUAUAUCCAAAGAAGUCAAAAAGCCAAUUAAAAAUACUGUUACUAGCCGGUUAAACAAAAGUCAAGUUUCAUCAAAAGGAUUACAAAAACUAGCUGAUGAAAUUUUGAAAGCUAAAACAGCUUCAGAGCCAAAAUCUAGCAGUGAAAAAGAAGCAAAAACACUGGAUUUAAUCAAAAAAACUAUAACUAAAGAAAAAGAAAAAAUAAAUGUUGACCCACAAUUACGAAAUAUAAAAGAAAUCUAUGAAAAGAAAACCCAGAAAUUUAUGGGCUCAAUAGAAAAAGAGCUUCAACAGAUGGGAAAAAAGCUAAAAGAGGCAAAAGAUAAGAACAAAAGACUGAAAAAAGCACUAGAAGAAGAACCUUUAUUGGAAAAUAAGCCUCCUCCUCCUCCUCAAGAAAGAACUGAUUAUGAUAUUUUUUCAAGAAUCUCAAAGGAAGCUAAAACUGAAAUCAAUGGGAGAUUUGAAGAGCUAGCAGAUGACGCGAUGUCUAUAAAGAAAUUAAUAAUCCGAAACUAUGCAAAAGAUAUAGAAAACAGUGUCCAAAAAUGAUAUAAUAACUUGGAUUUAGAGCCUGAAGGAUACCAAUCACUUAAAGCAGGCUUAUGUAAAAACAUAAUAGAUCUUCAAAGCAAGAAGCGUGCUCUUGACGAAGAAAAUAGUGUUUUGCUUGCAAAUAAAGAGAAAAAGAUCGCAGAUCUUGUUUUCGCUAUAAAAGUCUAUGAAAUGAAAAAUCAGAACAAAAUGGUAUAA